AUGCUCAAGAGAUCCAAUCUAAUCUAUCACGGCAUCCGGGUGCUCAACUCUGGACAGGCGCCGCCCUUCCAUCUCCGCCUCGGGCUCUGCUCCAGACCGUAUGCCACUACGUCAGAUAUCCCAAGCAAGUACCCCUGGCCCAGCUCGCCGAUUUUCACCCCGUACGAUCUGCUCAAUCUCUCCCGCCAUGCCCCGUACUCGAAGGCCCGAUACUACGAGCUCGUGAAGAUUUACCAUCCCGACCGACCCAGCAAUGACAUCUCCCUCGAGCUCCGUCUCCAGCGCUACAAGCUGAUCGUCGCUGCGCACGAAAUCCUCUCUGACCCGGUACGGCGCAGAGACUACGAUCGAUUCGGCACCGGCUGGGACCUCCAUCGCCGUCCCUCCGACCCCAAUUUCUCUGCUGAGGGUCCGGAUAUGACGAUCUUCGCCAAUGCAACCUGGGAAGACUGGGAGCGCUGGCAGGCCCGCCACCACGGCAAGCAGCAGCACCUUGUCGACCAGCGCACCUUUGCCCGUCUCGUGAUACUGCUCGUGCUCCUCGGUGUCGCAGUGCAGGCGUCGUGGCUCUCGAACAUGAACUCGGGGUAUGAUCAGCGCCUGCGCGAGGUCAGCGGGGAUUCUAUGCGCUUUUUGGCGGGGAGGCGCGAUAAGGCGAAUGAUCGUUCGCUCUCGCGUGAUGCCCGUGUGCAGAGUUUUCUGAUUAGCAGGGAUCCGACGGGCUCGGGGUUAAAGGAUGACGAGCAUCCGACUUACAGGAAGGAGCUUCACCCCAGAGGGAGUGUGUACUCGUCGCAGGAGCCGCUAGUGACUCAGGCGGAGGAUGCUGGCGGGGAGCUUGAAGAGGCCGGUCCUGACUCGGAUGAUCACGAUAGUCUUGUCUGA